AUGACUCUCUCACGCUCGACGCCGGCAGAGAAGACACGAGUGGCUGCCGUGUUUGGAGGCCAAGGCGAUGGCAACCUCACCCCCCUGGAGGAGAUCAGGUCUCUCUACCGCCACAGUCCUACAGCAAUCGACGCACUGAUAGAACGAGCCACUGGGACGCUCCAAGGGCUUCUGCCUCAGUCAAGCUCAGAUAACUUUCACCACACAACCAACUUCGAUCUUAAAGGAUGGAUCAACCGCAAGCAAGCGAGCCCGAAACCAGAAGUUCUUGCUGAAGCACCUGUCAGUCUGCCAAUCAACACUGUUCUGUCUUUUGCACAAAUCAUCGUAGUGUGCAAGAGCUACGACUUAAAUCCAGGAGAAUUUGCGGCAUCCCUAUGCUCAGUGUCUGGUCGCGCCGAAGGCAUGCUAACCGCCUUGGCGCUUGCCCAGACAAGCGACUGGGCAUCCUUCUACUCCUUGGCAGAUGCUUACCUUGAGCUUUCGUUUUGGAUUGGCCUGAGUGUGCACGAGGCGACACCGCGCUCGGCUGUUACAUUGGGGCAGGUCCAGGAGUGCCUGGAUAUAACUGGAAGCAAACCUUCUCAUGCUCUGCGUGUUUGUGGACUACCACGAGCCACGCUAGAGAUGGCUAUACGCCUUGAAAAUAAGACGGCAUUUCGCAACGAGCGCGAUCGGAUAUAUUUGGCAUCCGUGGACUCUUAUGAUCAAUUCAUCAUUGCUGGGCCAACCGAAGCUCUGAUCAGCGUUUCCACGCGUCUUCACAAGGGGAUACCAUCAAUGGAACAGAGCCAAGAAGGGCUUCGCCUGUAUUUCUUGCCCGUUUCAGCUCCGCUCAAUACGCCAAUUAUGGCUCCAGCCGUGAACAGUCUGCUGAGCCUGGCAUUAACAAUGCCGAUACUCAACCAGGAGCUUCGUAUACCCAUAGUGUUUCCCCGGGACGGCGGUGUCAUACAGAAUGGUAGCAUAACAGCUGCCAAAGUCUUCUACAACGUCGUUGAGUCGUUGCUGGUCAAAUGUAUGGAUUGGCCUGCAACGUGUGAGUCCCUUAGGGCUCAUCGUGUCCUGGCUUUUGGUCCUAAUAAAACAGCUGCUUGGAUACGGGAGGCAACUGCGGGCCUUGGCUUGGAUGUGGUGAACAUGGCUGAUGACGCUGUGCUACGUCGUUUGAAGGAUUAUCCGCCCUCGCUCUACCUGAUGCCAUCAAAUUUGUCCUGGCAGGAAGCCUAUGGGCCACGCAUUGUCCGUGACUCUACAGGCCGCUACUCUCUCCGCACGCGCAUGACGGAGCGUUUCAACGUCCCACCUCUUAUGGUUGCGGCCAUGACUCCUACCACAGUCUCAUGUGACGUAGUCGCUACUAUAGCGAACGCCGGUUACCAUGUCGAAUUAGCCGGCGGCGGCUAUCAUCGAGCCGAUGCUUUUGAGCUUGCUGUGCGAAGACUGGCUGUGGCUAUACCCGCGUACCGCGGAGUCACCUGCAACCUAAUCUACAUCAAUCCUAAAGCCCUUGGCUGGCAGAUUGAUGUGUUGAAAAAAUUGAAACGAGAAGGCCUUCCGAUUCGCGGACUUACAAUAGGGGCUGGCGUCCCCUCUCCCGACGUCAUUAAAGAAUGGACGGCAUCUUUAGAGUUGAAUCAUCUGUCAUUCAAGCCUGGCAGCCUCUCAGCGAUUGAUCAAGUCAUUGAGCUUGCUAAGAUUUAUCCAGACCUGACCAUUGGUCUACAAUGGACUGGUGGCAGGGCUGGAGGACAUCAUUCCAUGGAAGAGUUUGAGCCGCCCAUUCUUGAAAGUUACAGCCGAAUAAGGGAGUGCGACAACAUCGUUCUCAUUGCAGGAAGCGGGUUUGGCGAUGCAGAGAGCUCCAUCGCAUACCUGACUGGGCAGUGGUCUCGUUCAUUUGGUCGCCCGCCGAUGCCGUUUGAUGGAAUUCUUUUAGGCAGUCGUAUCAUGAUUGCUAAAGAGGCACAUACAGCAUUGCAAGCAAAACAUCUCAUCAGCCAGACUCCUGGCGUUGAUGCUUGCAACUGGCGCACUUCAGUCAAGAAAGGAAAGGGCGGCGUCAUUUCUAUUCAUUCCGAAUUCGGGCAGCCAAUACACGUCCUAGCAACCCGUGGAGCAUUGCUAUGGAAGGCAUUCGAUGAGCGCAUAUUUUGCAUUCGUGAUGUGCACAAGAGGCUAAUAUAUUUACGCAAGUACAGGGACUGGAUCAUUCAAGCCCUGAACUCUGAUUACGUUCGGCCCUGGUUGGCCGUCGACGAGAGAGGCAACAAUGUUCAGAUGGAAGAAAUGAAGUACUCAGAGAUGGUAAGGCGUCUAUGUCUACUUAUGUCCACCACGUCGCGACGAAAUUGGAUCGAUACGUCAUAUUGCCGCAUCGUUAUGGACUUUGUUCAUGAGGUUGGGUCCCGUUCAUCGAUAUCUGUAGAAUGCCUCAGUGACAACCCUGCGACUCUUCCACGAGACUUCGAGGCCUUAUUCGGCUCCCUGGCUGCAACGAGUAUGUAUCCCGAGGACUGCAUGAUACUCAUGGCUCUUUUCCAGCGACAAGGAAUCAAACCGGUACCUUUCAUCCCAUGUCUGGACGAGAAUUUCGAGAAAUGGUUCAAGAAAGACACUCUCUGGCAGUCGGAGAAUAUUGAUUCGGUGUUCGAUAGCGACAUCCAGCGAGUCAUUGUUAUCCACGGACCUGUCGCUGCCCGUUUCUCGACCAUAGUAGACGAGCCUGUGAAAACCAUUAUGGAUCGCAUUUGUGAUGACUAUAUCAGAAUUCUCAAAAAGGACGAAUAUCAGCCAACUAGUGACAGCUCGACCCAGCCCUUGAAGCCCCUUCUCGAUACGCAAAUCUGCCAAGAGAUGCAUGCAUUCUCAGACGGUAGAAUUACAAGGCUUACCUAUCUACCUGGUCACGUGGUCCCUGAGAUUGAUUAUGUUAUCGAAGCGGUUGCUAGAUCAACACAGCUUGGUUUGAUACUUCAAUCUCAGUGGUGCAUUUUCGGAGGGCAUGCUCUUGAGAACCCAAUCAAGACCGCAAUUCAGCCUCGCAGCGGAGACAUCCUAGAGGUUAUCCUCAACAAAAAGAACGAGUUCCAAGCCUUCAAAUUUACGCAGCAUACGGCCGAGCGUGCAAAUAUGUGGAGUAGUCUUUCGCUGAGGCUCCAGGGUCCUUCGAGGUUUGUGAUUCAGCUCCAAGUGCAAAAAUGCGCGACAAAUGAAAUCCGUUCCACAUAUUUCCAGUUUGAGAUGCGGGAAACAGCAGGUGCUGUAGAGAUACUGGAAAAUACCUUCAACCGUAAAGCAUCAAUCCGAAACCUGUAUCGCUCUCUUUGGCUUGAGAAGUUAGAGUCACUUCGUCAGCGUGACACCGGCAUCCGCGCGCGGUACUAUAGCGCAGAAAAAACAAUAACGAGGGCCAGCGUCGAAAGAUUUGCCAGUCUAGAGCGCUCAUCGCCUACCGAGCUACGCGAUUGGAGCCCCCAGAGCUCGAUAGUGCCACUGGACAUGUGUGUGGUCAUCGCAUGGCAAUCACUUCUGGAGCCCCUCAUGCAUCCGGAUCUGGACUGUGACUUAUUACAGCUUCUGCACCGAUCCAUAAGUUUCCGAUAUAAAGCGAAGACUUUGCCUCUUCGCGUGGGACAGACUGUCACAAUUGAGUCGCAAAUCACGCGUCGAAAAUUGCACUUCACCGGCCAGAAUAUUGAGGUGACGGCAAUCAUCAGCAGAGCCCAGGAGCAAGUCGUUGUUAUCAAGUCGGAUUUCUUCAUAAGAAGCUCAAACCAAAGAUCUGGCGAAUGCUUUGCUGUCAUACAUGAGCCCGAUAUGGUGGUCCGUGUCGAUAACGAGACUCUAGAAGCGAUCAUCAAAGACAAGAGCUGGUUGCAACUAAAGAACCCACAACCAGAGCUCUUGCAAAAAAAUCUCUUCUUUCGAAUAACAUCACAAACAUCACAUAGUGGGUACAUGGGCAAUAGUAGCUUGAAAAGCCUAAAGGUUGAAGGCCAUGUAUAUGUCGAAGAUUACUCUGCUACUCUAAAAGAGGUCGGACUGGUGUAUUUCGAAGAACAUCUGUGUAAGGAAAAUCCAGUGACAGACUUCCUUCGUCGUUGGGGUACUCCAAAGCAUACUAGAGAAGAACUCUCCCAUCCAGGUUGGUCUAGUGGCGCUAGCAUUGAGGUGAGCGUGCCUUUGGACAGCGCUACAUACGCUCGAGUUUCUGGAGAUGAGAACCCUAUCCAUGUAAGCGACCUCUUUGCCCGCUGGGCUGGCCUCCCAAGCAAGGUUGUUCAUGGAAUGCACACCUCUCUCAUUGCCCGACGCUUCGUCGAAUCGGCAAUUGGCGACGAAUUUCGCACACGAUUUAGGCACUGGCAGGCGACUUUCCACGGCCUGGUUUUUCACGGGUCCCGACUGAAGAUGCACAUCCGGCACACGACGAUGACCGAUGGGGAGAUGUUACUUCGCAUGGAAGUAUCCAGUGCGAACGAUGGCACGCGCGUGAUGUCUGCAGAGGCAAUAGUGGCACAAGUCGGUACUGCAUAUACGUUUACAGGACAAGGUAGCCAGACCCCUGGUAUGGGAAUGAAGUUGUAUACAGCCAACAGCGAAAUCAAGGCUGUCUGGGACCGAGCAGAAGAGUACUUGAAACGGAAAUUUGGUUUCUCGUUGCUCCAUAUAGUGCGCCAAAAUCCAAAGACCUUGACUAUCCACUUUAAAGGAAAGCGAGGCAGAAGGAUCAAGGAGAACUAUCUUGCCAUGGCUGACGAAUUGAAAGAUCUCAGUCUCUUGGGAAAUACUUUAAGCCAUAAUUCAACAUCAUAUACGUUUCACAAAGCCCAAGGACUACUCUACUCAACUCAAUUCGCGCAGCCUGCCCUCGUGGUGAUGGAGAUGGCUCAGUUUCAGCACCUUCGAGCCCGGGAAAUGGUACAACGCGAUGCGCGUUAUGCAGGACACUCUCUUGGAGAGUACUCCGCUCUUGGCUCUUUCACAACCCUUAUGAGUUUCGAAGCACUUCUGGACCUCGUUUUUCAUCGGGCGUUCACAAUGCAGAACGCUUUGCCCAAAGACGCAAAUGGUGACACGGGAUACUCAAUGAUGGCGGUAGAUCCGUCACGGAUUAGCAAAUCUUUUGGAGAAGCCGAUUUGCAGCAACUGGUUCAACUCAUUCAAGAAAGAGCACAGAGUUUGGUUGAAAUCGUGAAUUACAACGUCAGUAACAGGCAAUAUGUUUGUGCAGGCCAUAUCAAAGCACUGUCGAUCUUGAGUAGCGUAUCAAAUGAGCUUGCAUCGCUCGAAGCGCCUCAAUGUCUUGAUCCUGCUAGGUUGAGAGAGAUCAUUGCCACCCAUACACGUCGCGUUGUUUGUACAGACUGCGUCAUGUUGGCCAAGGCUGGGACAGCAACGAUUCCUCUCCAAGGUAUUGAUAUUCCUUUUCAUUCUCGUUUGUUGCGCAGCCACAUUGACGAUUACCGCCGUUAUUUGGAGCGGAAAAUUCGGGUAGAGGAUGUUAUACCUGAGCAAUUGGUCGGCCGCUGGCUACCCAACGUCAUGGGCAAACCUUUCUCAAUUGACCGCGCUUAUAUUGAAGAAGCACACAAGAUGACUAGGAGUGCGCAGAUGGCAGAUCUUCUUGUAUGUCACGAUCAAUCUUAG